CUUUUUGCGCCUUUUAUAUGUUUGCAGCCCCUGGUACAGUACAGUCAGUUCCAGGUCGGGGUGAUCCUGAGUUCAGUCUAUGCUGGUUUGCUGCCUUCUGGCUUCGUCGGCGGCUACCUGGCCUACCGAUAUUCUGCUAUGAGGGUGUUCUUGGCCUCAGUCGGAAUCAGCUCCAUUAUCCACAGUGUCGCCCCUGUCAUGUUCCAACGCUUUGAGACGGCGGUUACUCAACGUGUUUUUGCUGGUCUGGCAGAGGGCCUAUGUGAAGCUGCCGUGUAUGGAGCUCUAAAUGAAUACAUGCUGCCGAAGAAAAGUGCAAGAGUUGCACCAUUCAUCUUUGCAGGAAUAUACAUCGGCCAAUUCGUUGGACUCAUCUCUACAGGCUUCAUCUCUGAAAGGCUGGUCUGGAAGGCAACAUUUUACAUAUUUGGUGAGGACAAUAACCCUGAUAAAGAUUGUUUCUAG